AAAUAAUUCAGAGCUUUUUGUCAUUCAUGUCAUUCAUGUGAUUCAUGUUAUGAAGUUCUGAUAAUCAUUCGUGAAUAUGAUAUGAUCAACAAAAUUAUAAGUAUCAGAAAAAGUCUCCAGAAUGAGUGGUAAAGAUAGUGAAAAAUGUUUGAAGAAGACGAAUUUAUUGGUAUAUCAGCAGCCUAGUGGUGGUAAACACCGAAGGGAACCUUGUUCAUCAGGAAGAAAGAAACCUGCAUACAUUCCAACAAUAUGCAGGCCAAAUCCGAAAGUGAUACGCAUCUGUACAGGAGCAGAAAUGAAGAAGAUGUGCGCACCAAAACCUUGUGUCUGCCCUAAAGGUCGGAGACCAUCCAAAGGUCUACUUGGACUACUUGUAUUCGGCAUGAAAACAGCCCUUGCCGCUGCAGCUGUUUAUGUGAGUUACGACUUAGGUAUAUGGGGAAGCACAGAUGAUACCCAGGAGUUGUACAGGAUGUACUGCAGGAUGAAAAAUGAACCUAACAGGAAAAAUACAGGAAAGUGGGAUCCUCCAUCAUGUGAAGCAGAGAGAGAUUUAUUCAGGAUUUCUCCAUUCAAUCCUUAUGGCCAAUGCGAUGACCCACCAUUCGAUCAUGAAAGAAAAGCAUACAAUUUCCAAAAUAAUUGGAAUCAUGCGGUAGCAUAUGUUUUUGCUGGUAUUGCAGGAUUACCUUAUAACAUUAUCGAAAAGUUCACUAAAGAAAAGCCCGAUGGUGAUUCAGUGAAGAAAAACGUAUGUGUUCCGUUUGAAGAUCUACCUGAAAAUGAGAGAAUAAUCAAUAAAUAUAAAUAAUGAAUGAGUGGUAAUAUACCUAUACAAGAUUACUUUUGUUGUUUCCAAAUCAUAUCAUUUUUGAC